AUGGUUGAAUAUUGGUCAUCUUUUAUGGAAGGAUUAGAACUUGAUGCCUUCUUCCGAAGCAAUAAAAUUACGUUAGAGAUUCAAGGGGCUCAACAUCAGCUCCAUAAUACCAGCUGGUAUAAAGAUGUUAAAAAACUCGAGAAUAUUGUUAACCAUGAUCGAAAGAAAAGAAUCUUGUGUCAACUUAACGGAAUUUAUCUUCUUGAGAUAUGGUAUGAUAAGAAUCCAGAACAUCAUGUGGAAUAA